AAAGUUAAACACAAAACUACUUUACAAUGGCUUUCCACUUCCGGCAACUUUGCUUUCUCUCAGCGGUGGUUAUCCAACUCCUUCAUGGCGUCUCCGGCCAACUAGUUGUGGUUGAGGAACCUGUUUCUGCUCCUCCGCCUCCUCUGGUCGACCUAAACGGCGGUGAUGGCGUUGUGCCGGCGCUGUUUGUCUUCGGUGACUCUCUUAUAGACAAUGGGAAUAACAACAACAUCCCUUCCUUUGCUAAAGCCAAUUAUUUCCCUUACGGCAUCGAUUUCAAUGGUGGUCCGACCGGUCGGUUCUGCAAUGGCUUGACCAUGGUUGACGGGAUUGCUCAACUGUUGGGGCUUCCAUUGAUUCCUGCCUACUCGGAAGCUACCGGAGAUCAAGUACUUCGUGGUGUCAACUACGCUUCCGCAGCCGCCGGGAUCCUUCCUGACACCGGGGGAAACUUUGUGGGGCGCAUACCUUUCGACGAGCAGAUUCAUAACUUUGAGACAACAUUAGAUCAGGUAGCGGGCAAGUCUGGUGGUGCAGUGGCCAUAGCGGAUUCGGUGACUCGAAGCUUGUUCUUCAUUGGAAUGGGAAGCAACGACUACCUCAACAAUUACUUGAUGCCUAAUUUCCCUACCCGUAACCAAUUUAAUUCCCAACAAUUCGGCGAUCUCUUGGUUCAACAUUACACCAAUCAACUCACCAGACUAUAUAAUCUCGGUGGUCGGAAAUUCGUAGUGGCCGGACUUGGAAGGAUGGGAUGCAUUCCGAGUAUUUUAGCUCAAGGAAGCGACGGUAAAUGCUCGGAAGAAGUGAAUCAACUUGUUCUUCCUUUCAACACAAACGUAAAAACAAUGAUCUCUAAUCUCAACCAGAAUCUCCCGGAUGCUAAAUUCAUUUACCUAGAUAUUGCUCAUAUGUACGAAGACAUCAUUGCCAACCAAGCAGCUUAUGGGUUUACUACCAUGGACAAAGGCUGUUGUGGGAUAGGGAAAAACAGAGGACAGAUCACUUGUCUUCCCUUUGAAACACCUUGUGAUAACAGAGAUCAGUAUAUAUUUUGGGACGCUUUUCAUCCUACCGAGAAAGUUAAUCUCAUAAUGGCAAAGAAGGCGUUUGCUGGUGACCGCACCGUUGCAUAUCCUAUCAACAUUCAAGAACUGGCCAGUCUCAAUUAGUAUAGACCAUCACUUAGUAGUCUUUGUAACUUUUUUCUUGUAACGUUUUGAGUCAAAUCUGUUUUCCUUUUGAAACGUCUACUAUGUCCACGAAACGGUCAAUAUCAAUCUAGUCCUUUCAUUUGUUUAAA